AUGCCCAAUCCUUCCCUCUUUCUCUUCUCUCCUGGCUCAUCCAUCCGCAACCCCGCCUCGAGGUGUGUCGUGACGCUAACCUUGCGCCAGCCCAAACUUAAACGGCCGCCCUGCAACACAAUAGUCGAGUCGAAACCAUCACUCAGACAUAACACUCUGCUGCCUCUGAAAUCCAUCAAAACCCUGACCCGAUCUCACAAGUUGAACGACCGCAACCACGCCGCUCUUGCCGACGGCACUGCUGGCCCCGAGGACCACAUCCCCAAGUAUUUCGCCAAACACGGCUUCACAGACGCUGAUCCCAAGAAGAUCAAGAAGAACGGUGGUGGAAAGGCCAACUGGGGUGAGCCUGGUGAGGAAGCCAUCGAUGAGGGCUUCAACUUCGCCAAUGCCCGGCGCCGCUCCAACAGCAGCAGCCUGACCACUGACAUCAACCACUUCAAGACCAAGUUCGAGGUCAACGAGCCCGAGCCCGUCUUCGAGGAGGAACUCCACGGUCCUGAGGACGAGGAGCUCAGCAAGACGGACACCUCGUCCAGCGGCUCCGUCGACGAGGACAAGCACCGCGCUUAG